UGUGGUUACUGUAGUUACUCAUUACUCAAGAAUAAUAUUAGUAUUAUUGUCAUUUUACACCUAUUAUACCUACUACUUUUGAAUGCGUUAAAUGGUAGUGUGCGACGUGUGAUAUUGUGCAAGCACUUCAAUCAUUACAAUCCCUUCUGMCUUACCUUAUUAGUCGCGAUCGAGGUACGUCGUUUUUAAUCGCUAUCGAUUAUUAUAAUAUUAUUUUUAAUUCGAAACGUGAUGCCGGCGUGACUAGCUGUUCAGUGAUAAUGUUCGUCGACGAUCUGGUGAAAGGGUUUUACGACGUCGUUUCAAGGAAUAAAAUUUUAAUUUUGGUAAACUAUGAUGUGGAUGCAAUUUGUGCUGCUAAAAUAUUUCAAUAUAUAUUACGUUUUGAUAAUGUUAUUUAUGUACUUGUGCCUGUAAAAACUAUUACUGAAUUGAAAAAAGUUUAUGCGGAACAAAAAUCAGAUGUGAAGCAUAUAGUGUUAAUAAACUGUGGGGGUUCAUUAGAUAUAAUAGAUAUUUUAGAACCAGAAGAAGAUAUAAUUUUUUUUGUAAUUGAUAGCCAUAGACCCACAGACAUCUGUAAUGUAUACAGUAGUUCACAAAUAAGAAUUCUCGCGACUCCUGAGGAAGAUGAAAAAAUACCGGAGUAUGAUGAUAUAUUUAUUGAUGAAGAGUCAUCUGAAGAAGAUUAUAAUUCUGAUGAUCUUAAUGAAGACUUGGGUAAUGAUACUGUUGAGAAACGUCAAAACGAAAGAAGAAUGCUUCAACAAAAAGCAUUCAUAAAAAGAAAAGAAAAAAGAAAUUGGGAAGAAASWAGAAAAAAGCUUUUAUUUGAUUACACUCAAUUUUCAUAUUAUGGAAGAUCGACUGCUAUAUUAAUGUAUGAUCUUGCUUGGAAAUUACAUAGAGAAUCUGUUGAUGUAUUGUGGUGGGGUAUUAUUGGCGUAACUGAGCAAUACAUUUUUGGUAAAACUGAAAAUAUGCGUUACUUAAAAGAAGUUGAGUUGAUUGGUGAUCACAUUGGUCGUAUUUGUGAAUCUGCUAUUAAUUAUAAAGAGUCUAUGUCACAAACUGAACCUUCAAACAAUACUUCAAAUUUAAGGAUUGAAUCUGUAAAAGAUUUGUUAUUAGCCUUAUACAGACAUUGGACAAUUGAAUCAAGUCUUCGAUACUCAAUGUUUACAGCUGUAUCUUUAAAACUUUGGACUGUAAAAGGAGAAAAAAGAUUGAAACAAAUUUUAGCUGAGAUGGGGUUACCUUUAUCGGAAAGUCGUCAAAUGUACCAUUCUAUGGACUUAAAUCUGCGAAAACAAUUUUUUGGGAUGAUGGAAAAAAUUUCCAAUACACAUAAUUUGUUACACUUAACUUAUCCUUCGUUCAUAUUACAUCAAGGUUUUAAAACCCGAUAUCAAUGUGCUGAUUAUGUUUACUCGAUGAUUGCUACUUUGGAAAGUAAUAUUCAUGGAAAAUCAUCUACAGAGUGUUUUUAUAAUACUAUGGAUUCCUUAUCUCGUGCCAAAAAAAAUUUAUUAGAUGAAGGAAUUGAAAGAGCCAAAUGGAUAUUAACUAAUAUGUUUAGGCACAUACAAGUAGCAUUAGAUAUGAAACAAGUGAUGUUAGCUGGUCCAUUUUAUUACUUAAUUAUUCAAGAGGGAACUUUAAAUUCACAGCAUUAUUCCGAUCCUCAAUUAUUAAUUAURUUAGCUUCAUUUGCAUUGAGGGCUCAAGUAGCAUCAUCUAAUAAAAAUAAAAAUUCUCGUUUACCAUUAAUUGCUUCAGCAGUUCUUGAUUCGGACCAAGAUUCUUGUAUUGUAGUCGGUAUUCCUCCUAUUACAGAAUCAUUGCCUAGAAGUUUUUUUGGAAAAGCAUUUGAGCAAGUAGCUAAUAAAACGAAUAUAGUUAUUUCACUAGAAUACUUUGAUUCAUCUAUUGCUAAAAUGCAAAUUAAAGACCGUCCGACUUUUUUUGAUGCAUUAACAGCAUUACUAAGUUGACAGUCUGUAUUUAUAUAAAAUAUAAAACUAUUGUUUAAGGGAAGUAUUUAAACUAAUAGCAAGUAAUAUUUAUCAUUUGUUUUUUUUUGUUUGUUGGAAUUUUUUAAAUAUUUUAAGUUAUCA